AGCCGACCGACUGGACAUAAGUCGUCCGGAACUAGUGACGAGUGGACGUUUCGAUUGGUAGAUAGUGAAAGAAGCGCGUUAGAAGAGUGAUAAGAUGAUGAAGUUAGUGAUUUUAGGCCUGCUGGCUUGCGGACAGAUCGUCCUAUCGGGCCCGAUUGCAAACCCGCAAGCUGCCCCGGGGCCCACCGACAUCGAAGACGAGCUGGCCGUGCUGACCGAGUUCGACCGGCUGUUCAACCAGCUGCACUACGACGUCGACUACAAGCUACGCAUCUACCGUAUGAACCAUUCCCGUGACCUGAAGAACCUCAACGCCCAGUUCAUCUCCCGGUACGGAUUCGUCAUCACCGACAUCCAGCACAUGAAGCAGCACGUCAAGGAUGCCAUCCUGGAGCACGCGCUGGACAUCGGCGACACGCAGAACCCCUGCAUCGUGGAGAAUAAUGACGAAGCGAUCCGCCGAGCCACGCAGGCUGCCCGGGAUCUGAGCAUCGCGGCUGAGAAGGCCUACGGCGAUCUGUCGACCAUCACCAGGAUCUACUUCUACCCGAUCGUGAAGGACUUCCAGCAGAGCUCGACCGAGCUGCAGUGGACCGUUGUUGAUAUGCUGUCCCGGGACAAUGCCGUCACGGGAUUGCAGCUGGCGCUGGCCGAUUUGGCCUUCAAGUACAUGGCCAACGCGAAUAUGGUCGACCGGGUGAUCAAUAGCUUGGACUACGAGCUGGAAGGCUUUCAGGAUAUCAUCAACACGGUUCGUCGCGCCGUGUUCAAGGAGAUCGAUGACAUCGGACGGAACUACAUGUUCAACAUGGAGCAGCUGCUGACCGAUGCUCUGGCAUGUUAGUUAUCUUUUUGGAGAAU